UGCAGAAUUUGUCUUAGUUUAUUACAUGGGUAUUUCUAUAAAAUAGGCCAGCUUUGUUGCUUUACACAAUGCCUACCAGAACCUCACUUUCUAUUCCCAUUUAUAAUUCAGAAAUUUCAUCACUGCUUCAUGCAAAAGUUUUGGCUGUCCCAUAUAGAAUUUACAUCAGGUGGUCCCAGAAUUUCCUUCACUUUACAAUAUCAGCUAAAAGUGAGAUUUCCCAAAUAUUUGUGUCACAGAAUAAGUCUUAAGAUAGCCUGGAUUCUAACUGCAAUUCAUAUAAAUCAGGCAUGUCCAACAGGUAGAUCCCCUGCUGAACCUGGUUGAUCGCGGGAUGAAUCAAAGUGGGCAAUGAAUGUCCGUAUCCUCCUCAAAAGUCUGGUCCGUCCACCCCUAGAUAAGCUCGACAACUCUGGGCAAUCCUACCCGUCCACCCACCCCACGCAUGCUCCUCCUCCCUUCAAUGAUAAUGGGUAGAUCACUGCCAGUUUUUUUAUACUGGGAGUAGAUCACGGUCUCUUGGGAGUUCGAUGUGCCUGAUAUAAAUCACACUCACUUCCUCUCAUUUGCGUGACCUGUAUAACAAGAAUGAUGAUAUUACAUGACUUGAAAUCACAUUCCAAGGCUACUUACAUAUGGUGUCACACCCCUUGUUGCUUAUUUGUUUUUUAAUAACUGAGCAUAUAUAAACAGAGAGUACUGCUAAUUUCUCUGAGGAAAGUAAAAGCCCUUAGAGAAAGUGAGGCAACCUAAGGAGAAAGAGACAGCAAGAGAAGGAUGGAGAUAUGGACAUUUUUUAUUGCUCUGCUGGUGGUUCUACUGAUUUUGCACUACCUGAAACAGCUUUGGUCACGCAGGCAUUACCCUCCAGGACCUCUCCAGCUUCCUCUCGUGGGAGCCAUGUGGCUGUUUGGAUUCAAGAUUCAUGAAAAUACUUUUGUUCAGCUGGGAAAGCAACACGGAAAUAUUUUCACCCUAUGGAUAGGACAUCUACCCAUUGUAGUACUGUCUGGAUUCCAAGCAGUGAAAGAAGCUCUCAUUGACCACUCUGAAGAACUAGACGAGCGACCAGAGACUCCUUUCCUUAUGAAAAUAGGAGAAGGAAACGGUAUUGCAUUUUCAAAUGGUCACACCUGGAGGCAACAGAGACGCUUUGGUGUAGUUACUAUGCGGAAGCUGGGGCUGGGGAAGAAAGGCAUGGAGCACCAAUUAGCAGAGGAGGCCCAUCAGCUCGUGGAGGUUUUUGCACGUUCAAAGGGUCAACCAUUUGACCCCUCCAUGCCCAUCUCUAAUUCAGUUUCCAACGUGAUAUGUGCUGUGGCUUUUGGGCACCGGUUUGCUCUUGAAGAUGAAAGGUUCCAGAAGCUGAUGGAAGCAAUGGAUUUUCUCCUAAAAUUUUUAUGUAGCUUCUUUCAUGCUCUUUAUGAAAUGCUCCCAUGGCUCAUGAAACAUCUCCCAGGGCCCCACAAGAAGGCCUUGUCCUGCAGAGAGAUGGUGGUUUCAUUUGCAAAGGAGGAGAUAGAGAAGCAUAAGGAGAAUCAGUCUCUGCAUGAGCCACAGGAUUUCAUUGAUUUCUAUCUGCUUCAGAUGGAGAAAAGCAGGAAUGACCCAGAGUCCACCUAUGCUGAAGAGAAUUUGGCUCAGUGCAUUACUGAGCUCUUCAUAGCAGGGUCAGACACAACCACGGGUUCUCUGAAAUGGGCACUUCUCCUCCUGGCAAGUCAUCCAGAUAUCCAAGAUAAAAUGCACAAGGAAAUAGAAGAUGUCAUAGGUUCUGCUCACUCAAUUGGCUAUCAAGAUAAGAAGAAACUGCCCUACACCAAUGCUGUGAUUCAUGAAAUGCAGCGCUUUAAAUAUGUCCUUUUUGUUGGGUUGCCUAGGCAAUGUACAAAGGAUGUGAAGCUGUGUGGUUUUCUCAUUCCCAAGGGGACUAUGAUUUUUCCUGAUCUGCGCUCUGUUCUUUGUGAUCCCACACGAUGGGAGACACCUGCAGAGUUCAACCCAAAUCAUUUCUUGGACAAGGAUGGACAAUUUGUGGACAGAGAAGAAUACCUGCCAUUUGGUGCAGGGGCUCGCAUUUGUUUGGGAAUGGAGCUGGCAAAGAUCGAAAUAUUCAUCUUCCUGACCAGCCUGCUGAGGGUAUUCAGUUUCCAGCUGCCAGAAGGAGUCCAAGAACUCAAGAAAGAGGCUAUAAUAGGGGCUACAACACACCCUCAUCCUUAUAAACUCUGUGCACUUUGGUCACGCAGGCAUUACCCUCCAGGACCUCUCCAGCUUCCUCUCGUGGGAGCCAUGUGGCUGUUUGGAUUCAAGAUUCAUGAAAAUAGUCUCGUUCAGUUGAAGCUGGGAAAGCAACACGGAAAUAUUUUCACCCUAUGGAUAGGACAUCUACCCAUUGUAGUACUAUCUGGAUUCCAAGCAAUGAAAGAAGCUCUCAUUGACCACUCUGAAGAAUUAGACGAGCGACCAGAGACUCCUUUCGUUAUGAAAAUAGGAGAAGGAAACGGUAUUGCAUUUUCAAAUGGUCACACCUGGAGGCAACAGAGACGCUUUGGUGUAGUUACUAUGCGGAAUCUGGGGCUGGGGAAGAAAGGCAUGGAGCACCAAGUAGCCGAGGAGGCCCAUAAUCUCGUGGAGGUUUUUGCACGUUCAAAGGGUCAACCACUUGACCCCUCCAUGCCCAUCUCUAAUUCAGUUUCCAACGUGAUAUGUGCUGUGGCUUUUGGGCACCGGUUUGCUCUUGAAGAUGAAAGGUUCCAGAAGCUGAUGGAAGCCAUGAAUUUUUUCCUAAAUUUUUUAUGUAGCUUCUUUCAUGCUCUUUAUGAAAUGCUCCCAUGGCUCAUGAAACAUCUCCCAGGGCCCCACAAGAAGGCCUUGUCCUGCAGAGAGAUGGUGAUUUCAUUUGCAAAGGAGGAGAUAGAGAAGCAUAAGGAGAAUCAGUCUCUGCAUGACCCACAGGAUUUCAUUGAUUUCUAUCUGCUUCAGAUGGAGAAAAGCAGGAAUGACCCAGAGUCCACCUAUGCUGAAGAGAAUUUGGCUCAAUGCAUUACUGAGCUCUUCAUAGCAGGGUCAGACACAACCACGGGUUCUCUGAAAUGGGCACUUCUCCUCCUGGCAAGUCAUCCAGAUAUCCAAGGUGAGAGAGGAGAGCCAGGACUUCUCUUGACCACUGUGGUGGACCAUAAUUCUUUAAAGGUUUCAUAUCGGAAAGAGUUAAAAGUGAGUUUAUGAUGUAAAUUAUGGAAGGCAAACGAGAUUGAAAUAAGCUAAAUGUUGUUGACUUACAUGUCUGGAAAGAUAGUUUUUCCCACCAACAUUUUCCUACAUAGUUUCUGGAACCUAUAAAUAACAGAAGCAAAAAUGUAAAAUGCCCAGAAAGCUGGGACCCGGGGAAACUAUGGGCCUUG